AUGAACGUUAAAGUUGACAGACUUGGCAGUAACCGAGGACAUCUGGUUGCCAAAGCAUUUCCCACCAUUGUGCAAGAAUAUUCAAAAUCGUCCCCCGGUCUUUGCAAAAUUACUACUUUGCCUAAUGGCAUUCGGGUCGCUUCCGAAAGUACACCGGGACAUUUCGGCGCGGUGGGUGUAUAUGUCGACGCAGGCAGCCGAUACGAAACUGCAAAGUACCGUGGUGUGAGCCAUAUCUUGGACCGUUUAGCUUUCAAGAGCACGGCCAACCGAAGUGCAGACCAAGUUGUAGAAGAACUAGAAUCGUUGGGUGGCAAUAUCAUGUGCUCGUCAUCGCGUGAAUGUAUAAUGUAUCAAUCGGCCAUUUUCUCACAAGAUCUCGAACGCGUCGUAUCACUUUUCUCAGACGUGGUAUGCAAUCCAACGAUCGCGCCUGACGAAGUAGACGAGCAACGCAUGACAGCCAUGUACGAGAUUGAGGAGAUCUGGUCCAAGCCUGAAAUGAUCUUGCCCGAGAUCUUGCACACGGUCGCUUACCAAGGUAACACGCUUGGCAAUCCGCUCUUGUGUCCUCCUGAAAACCUUGAAUCCAUGUCGUCCGAACUGAUCAAGGGCUAUAUGAAGGAUUGGUACCGCCCUGAGCGUAUGGUGAUUGCUGCAUGUGGUGCUGAACACGAUCAGGUUGUACGAUUGGCCAACAAGUACUUUGGUCAUCUUGCUAAAUCCCAGGAACCUCUGUUGGAUUCUGUUGAGACACAUGCUGAAGCACUUCGUCGUCAGGCAGCAGCCGCCACAUCUACGGAUCCUUCAGACAAGCCAUCGAUUGUCAAGUCGCUCUUUUCUUCGUCGUCGUCCAAGCAACAGAAAGAGCCUAGCAACGUAUACGAUAUGGCUACGCAACCAGCCCACUAUACCGGCGGCAACACUUUCUUGGAUGUCGGCUUGGAAGCAGCACCCUUGACGCAUGUCUACGUUGCAUUUGAAGGUCUUUCCAUAAACGAUUCAGACAUUUACUCUUUGGCAACGCUCCAGAUCCUCCUUGGUGGUGGUGGCUCCUUCUCUGCUGGUGGUCCCGGCAAGGGCAUGUACUCUCGUCUCUUUACGAAUGUCCUGAACCAACAUUAUUGGGUCGAGUCGUGCCAGGCAUUCAAUCAUUGCUACACCGACUCGGGUCUGUUCGGUAUCGCCGGCUCAUGUCGACCUGAAUAUGCAAAUGCCUUGCUAGAGGUCAUCUGCCGAGAGUUGGACCUUGUAUCGCGCAGUGACGUUAUGGCACAUUUAGCUGUAAACGCGCAAGAGCUGAGCCGUGCCAAGAACCAGCUCAAGAGCUCGUUGUUGAUGAAUUUGGAGAGCCGCAUGGUGCAGCUCGAGGAUUUGGGACGACAGGUGCAAGUUCAUGGCAAGAAGACCGGUAUCGAUGAAAUGCUGGAACAUAUCGAUCGUGUGGAUGUCCCUGAACUCCAGCGGGUUGCUUCCCGGAUUGUGCGCGGUGCUGUAGGCGUAACAAGCGGUGGGUCUGGUAAAGCCACUGUUGUUGUCCAGGGCCAUCUUCGUGGCCUUACGGAUGUGAACCGUGUGGUUGAGAAAUACGGAUUGGGCUCAGGACAACAGUAA